AUGGCAGUGACUACACCCAGCAUCAGCCGCCGCGACCUCGGGGUGAGCCGCACAACCAGUGAAUAUUCCUACCAGGGCAUCCAACACUUCCGAGACAUCAUCUACAGAGACGCAGCAGAAUCUAAACACCCAUACGUGAUCUUCUCAAACAUCAGUGAGCAAACCUUUAUGCGGGACUUUUGCGAGUCGAGGGAGCAGAAUCAUUUAUACAGCGACUAUUUCCCUCAGCUGCAAAUUCUCGUCGCCAAAAGACCACCCACCCGGGCCACCGAACAGGCACGCAUGGGGAUCAACAAUGCCAUUUUAGUCAAGCGGCUCGCGUCCAUGAAUAGGAAUCGUCUCGAUGAUCAACUGCGAACUCUCGGAAGGGCUGACGUUAUAACUCCUGAGCGCAUCAAACCGCCCGACAUGUCAUACUUGCCUAUGCAGCUCCCGGCCGGCCGCUCCGAUCGCUGGCCAUCAGUAGUGUUUCAGUGUGCCUACUCAGAUGCUGAUGGCAAGCUAGCCAACGAUGCCCGCUGGUGGCUCAAUGCUUCCGGCGGGGAAAUAGAAACCGUCCUCACCAUCUCGGUGUGGAGGAAAAGCAAAGGAAUCACUUUGGAGACGUGGGAGUUGGUCAGCCGCCCGACGAGAGGAGAUCCAGAAAGAAAGGUGCCCGAGGUGGUCCAGAAGGUGGUUGUGUCAAAGGAAAGAAGCGAUGAUGCGCCAGUGCGUAUCAUCGGGGGACCCCUCGUGAUAGGUUUCGAGAAACUGUUCCUUCGACCUGCAGAGGAGGAGAAGGGGGAGAGGGACGUCAUCAUAGAUGGAGACGAGUUGGCUAUGGUUGCGGAGCAUCCCAUUGCAAACUACGGCGAGCAUGUGGAGGAACAAGAAUACGACCCGGCUGCAGAACCUGAGUUCGAUAACUCGGACUUCUCCCGAUCUGGCCCCGAAUGGGACGAGCAAUAUGGCUGA